GGACCUCCAUUCCAUUCCGCGAUGUUCCUUUAAGGGAAGCGCAAGGGUGGAGGAGGAGGAGGAGGAGGAGCCGGCUUCCUCACACCGCGCACACCCGCGUGUGUGCGUGCCGGUCCUCAGUUAGACUUGCAGGACGAAGUGCUGCGCGUGGAAAUGAAAGACGCUGCAGGUUGCGGAGCGGCUGCACGCGGGCUGGACUUUCACCGGACCUCGUCGAUGCUCUUCCUCACGGGAUCAUGCUUCCUCCUCGCGCCGCAUUCCUCCUCCUCCCCCUCCGCCGUGCACCUUGGCCUCAGCUGAGCGACAGACGGAGGCUGCACCGGGUUUGAACCCGCGCCGUUUUUUUUUUUUUUUUUUUUUUUUUGCAAAACAUCUCUACCCCGCGCGCGCACGCGCGGCCCUUCGCGGCUGGCCUUGGAGCGCUGAGCCGACAGACAUGCUGCGGCUACUUCUGCUGCUGCUGAGUGCGGCCGUGUCGUCGGGUGCAGGCGCCCCGCCGGAGGCGCUGUCGCGCGCGGGCGUGGCCCCGCGGUGCGAGAGCCGCGCCUGCAACCCCCGCAUGGGCAACCUGGCGCUGGGCCGCCGCGUCCUGACCCAGAGCGUGUGCGGCAACAACGGCACCGAGCCGUACUGCGCCUACGGCCACGCGGGCCCCACGUGCGGCGCCGCCAAGUGCGGCGAGUGCAACGCCGCCCUGCCCCACCUGUCCCACCUGGCGGGCGCCAUGUCCGACUCGUCCUUCCGCCACCCCGACACCUGGUGGCAGUCGGCGGAGGGCGCCGACUCGGAGAUGGUCCAGCUGGACCUGGAGGCCGAGUUCUACUUCACGCACCUCAUCGUCGUCUUCCGCUCGCCACGGCCCGCCGCCAUGACGCUGGAGCGCUCGCAGGACUUUGGGCGCACCUGGCGCAUGCUGCAGUACUACGCCCGCAACUGCAGCGCCGCCUUCGGGAUCCCGGAGGGCAAAGGGGCCGGAUCGGGGCGGGACGGGGCCGCCUGCACGUCCAAGUACUCCGGAGCGUACCCGUGCGCCCGAGGGGAGGUGAUCUACCGCACCCUCCCCAAGUGGGAGUCUCUGGACCCAUUCGGCCUGGAGGGCCAGCAGCAGCUGCGGGUGACCAACAUUCGCAUCCGGCUGCUGGAGCGCCAGCCGUGCCCGUGCCAGGCCAAAGUCGCCGCCGCGCCGGGCGAGGCUCUGCCCACGCGCCACUUUGCCAUCUACGACCUGAUCGUGAAGGGCAGCUGCUUCUGCAACGGGCACGCCGAGCAGUGCCUCCCCGCGCCGGGGUACCGGCCCGUCCGGGAGCGCGCCAGCCACGUGGUCCACGGGAAGUGUGUGUGCCGACACAACACGGCCGGCGACCACUGCGAGCGCUGCGCCGCGCUCUACAACGACCGACCGUGGCAACCCGCCGACGGCCUGACGGGGGCGCCGCACGAGUGUCGCAAGUGCAAGUGUAACGGACACGCUCACAGCUGCCAUUUUGAUUGGUCGACGUGGCGGGACUCGGGCCAGCGCAGCGGCGGCGUGUGCGACUGUCUGCACCACACCGAAGGGCGCCAGUGUCAGAACUGCAAGGCCGGCUUCUACCGGGACCCUCGGCGGCCGCACACCGCCCCCGACUCCUGCAAGCCCUGCAACUGUCACCCGUCGGGCUCGGCCGGCGACGCGCCCUGCGACCCGAGCGACGGCGGCUGCGUCUGCAAGCCCGGCGUGGGCGGCGCCCGCUGCGACAGGUGCGCGGCGGGAUACUGGGGCUUCCACCCAUACGGCUGCCGCCCGUGCGACUGCGCCGGAGACUGCGACCCCAUCACGGGGGACUGUGUGCACGGGUCGGACUUGUACAACUUGGAGGCAAACGCCAGCCAGCAAGUCAAGAUCUUCAGAGCGGACGAGCUCUUCUCUGCCCUCCACUACUCAGAGAAGUGCGAGUGCAAAGAGCAGCCGCUGACCAACAGCAAACUGUUCUGCACCAUGAACUACGCCUACGUCCUGAAGGUGAAGGUCCUGUCGGCCCACGACAAGGGCUCGCACGCCGAGGUGGAGGUGAAGGUCCAGAAGGUGCUGAGUCAGGCGGCCAAGCUCCAGCGGGGCCGCGUCACGCUCUACCCCGAGUCCUGGACGGCCCGGGGCUGCACCUGCCCCAUCCUCAACCCGGGUGUGGAGUACCUGGUGGCGGGCCACGCCGACAGGAAGCGGGGCCACCUGCUGGUCAACAUGAAGAGCCUGGUCAAGCCCUGGACGGCCACCUUGGGCCGCAAAGUGCUCGCGCUGCUCAAGAAGGACUGCAACUGGUAGACACGCACGCACGCACGCACGCACGGCUGAGACUUUUCCUGGCGACGGACUCCAGGCCCGGAUUAUUCAAUUGUGGAUUAUUCAACUCGGAUGAUCGUUUUGACCUCGUGACCUGGAUUGACAAUGGUGGAGAAAAAAACAAAAAUCGCUCUCUCUCUCUUUCUGUGCACUUUAACCAGCAAAAUGGACUGGAAUGGAACAUGGCCGCACAUACACACGCCAUCGAGUGUGUACAUGGACACACGCACACACACACACACACACACGCCACAGUGAGGGAGACCAAGCCAUACAAGCCACUGCAGGUGGUUCAGUCCUCGCCAGGCCAGGUGCAAGAUGGCGGACAAUCGCCCCCAAACGUGAAUGUAAUAGCCUCGGUAUGUGCAUGGGGAUGUAGAAGUGUGUGUGUGAAGAAGAAUCAAGUGAGGAGGUUUAGGCCCGAGCACAGUCCCAGUCCAGCUCUUUUUUUUUUUGUUCUUUUCAUUUCAAGAUGACUCGUCAUCCCGGCUUCCUUCCGUGUGCUCUUUGUACAGUCUUAUUUGUAUCUCCGUUUAAGUCUGAUUGUCAUGGCACAGCAAUUUUUCAGCUUUACGUUAGCUUGGACUUGUAGGCUUUUUGUAGCAUCGCGUGGCGCGCUGUUUGCCCUGCCCCCCCCCGCCCCGGCCCCCCUUCCCCCCGAGGGCUUUUCCAAUGCAAUGAUAAUACAAUUAUCAAUGCACCGUGA